AUGGCGGACGUAGCAGCCUUGGAGGCCGAGGUCAAGGAAUUCAAGCUUCAGCUUGAAACCGUCCAAUCGAGUUUGCAGGUAGACCCAGAUAACACGGAAUUACAAAGUCUCAAAGCUGAGCUGGAAGAACUUAUAAACCUCACCGAAACCUCCAUCUCCGAACUCAAACCGGCCGCUCCGCCAUCAUCCAGACCGUCUCCCCCGGUCAAAGAGAAGGGCUUCCGAGAAUCCCAGGCACCUUCGCAAUCGGGUUAUCGCAAACCAACGGUCGAAGCGGACGAAUCGUCGGCCCCCGUCUCGUUCUCCGUCAACGAACAUGUUCUCGCUCGAUGGGUUUCGGGCGACAAUUCCUUCUACCCUGCCCGAAUCACAUCCAUUACCGGCUCGUCUAGCAAUCCUGUUUACCUAGUUUCUUUCAAAUCAUACAGCACGGUGGAAUCUUUAACUGCCAAGGAUAUCCGACCCGUUUCCGGCAAUGACUCGCGCAAGCGCAAGGCUGAUGGAAACUCAGGCAAUUCCGCAUCCCAGUCACCCACCCCUCAGCCUCCAAAUUCGAGCGUGAUCUCGGCGGCGGCGGACAUCAACCCCGCCUUGGCCAACCAGGCGCGCAAGGAGCCGAGCAAGGUUGGCGACGGGCCGGCGCGUCCUUCCAAGGUGCCUCGCAAGGUCAAGGCGACCCGGGAGUUAGAGGCAGGUAAAAACAAAUGGAAGGAUUUCGCCAGCAAGGGUAAACUGGGCCGGAAGGAAAGCAUGUUCCGGACCGGUGACAGCGUCAAUGCCCGAGUCGGAUUCACCGGGUCCGGCCAACAGAUGCGCAAAGACCCUUCGAGGACCAGACAUGUCUACCAGCAGGGUGAUGACGAAGGAUAUUAA